AUGACUUACUGGAUGAUAUUCCUUCUCUUCAGGUUACCUACAAUAUACCCAAAACAAAACAGUAAGACUUUAAUCACAAUAUUAUUGUACUUUUAGACGAUAACCUGGACAAAGUAAUCAACUGGAAAGAAUCGUAUCAGAAGAAGGAGAACAAUGAAGCCUCGCUCAACUUUCUGGAUUCUAUUUUGUCACUCAAGGAUGUGAAUGUACAGUUAGGAGCAGUAGUAGCCAGAGACAACAAGUCCGUGACCACAUUACCUGUAUAUGGCAACAACAAGAUGUGGCCGUCGGCUGCCAUAAACAGGCCAGGUGAUGUUACCUUGAGGCAGAUACAGAGUGCUUUGCGGCUCAGUAAGCGAUUUUUUGAAUUUUAAAUCAAACUUUAAAUUAAAAAUUGUGUAAUUACAUUACUGUUUAGAAUCGGAAGCCGUGAACACUGAAGAAUUACUGUACAAAACACUGCUGGACCCUAAGUACUACGAGAAGAAUGUGAGGCCAACACCCUCACAUCGACUGCCGACCAAUAUUACCUUUGGCUUCUUAUUGAACCAAAUCGUUGAAAUGGUAUGUCAAGUAUAAUAUUAGAACCUGACGUUUUGUAGAGUAUAAUAUUGUUGAAAGGUAUAAUGCUAUGAUAACCUUCAUUUGCCCUACAAAACUAUGUUUAGGACGAACGUAACCAGAAGCUAACUACCAGAUGCUGGUUGAAUGUGAACUGGCUUGAUAAGAGAUUAUCGUGGAACUCUACACUUUGGGACGGUAUCAAACAGAUCUACAUACCGUACUACAAGGUCUGGAAGCCUGACAUUACUCUAGUCAACAAUGCUGUCAGAGAGUACUUCUCGUCCAUCAUGAGCACCGAUGUGAUGGUGACACACGAAGGAAACGUCACUUGGCUGUUCUCUGCCCUCUUCAAAAGUAACUGUGCUAUCAAAGUACGGUACUAUCCCUUCGAUGAGCAGGUACUUUUUUGUUAAAUUAUUUAUACAUCAAGUUACCUACUUGGCAACAUAAUAUAUAUCAUAUUAUGAUGCAAGUAGUUGCAGUAGUUUAUAUGCGCAACUUCUUGCUGACAAUUGUAAAUCUAUUGUAACCUCUAGGUUGUGUUUACAGGAAUGUGACCUAAAGUUUGCCUCCUGGUCUCACGAUAUGAGUGAGAUCGAUGUUGGCAUCACAACUGAUAAAGGAGACCUCUCCAGCUACAUGAACAACAGUGAAUUCGACCUCGUGGAUAUGAAGGCCAUUCGUACUGUAACUAGGUUUCCCACCGAUCAAGAAGCUCUGUGGCCAAUGAUUGUCAUCAGAAUCCGCAUGAACCGACGACCCCUCUUCUACGUGUUUAAUCAUGUAAGGUUGUGGGUAGUCUAACAUAACAUAUUACACGGUAUUGUAGCGUAGUGAUUCUGACAAAGAGAUUUGUUACCAAGUCUUAUAAAUUACAUUACUUACUGGUAUUACUAUAACUUUAAAUAUUUACCAUGUCUUAGAUACUGCCAUGCGUCCUGAUCUCUUCGAUGGCUCUGCUCGGCUUCUUUAUGCCACCAGAAACCGGAGAGAAGAUUAAUAUGUGUAGGUUUAUGUUCAGAAUAUUAUGAAUACAUUUAGUAUAUACAUUUAUUAAAAACUUUUAAAUUUUAGUAACAACUGUACUGAUUACUGUAUGUACUGUAAGUGAAAGCAUAACAGAAUCCAUCCCUCCAAGUUCUGAAGCUGUGCCCUUGAUUGGUAUGUUGACAAACGUGUAUUUCCUUACAUGGAAGAUUAAUUUACAUUGAUGAUAUAUCACAACAAUUAUAUUCUUUAUUGGAUAAUUACGCUGUAGUACUACAAUAUUUUUUAGGAAUGUACUACGUAGCCUCACUAUUCAUUGUAUGUUUGGCCACAACUGUCAACGUAGUAACCCUGAACGUUCACCGCUACGGUAAAUCGAACCAAGGUCGUAGGGUACCGUACUGGUUGGAGAAGAUCGUUCUCGGCUACAUGGCCAGCAUGUUGUUCAUGACAAUUCAUGAACCUGACUCAAUUACUUUGCUCAAGACUUCACAAGUAAGUGGUUCCUAUCGGUGUACUCUCAUAUUGAUCUGCUUUCUGUUAGGUACUUUAAGUUUUACAAUAUUGAUUUGCAGUCAAGACUCUCGACAUUAAGAAGAUCAAGUCUGAUGCGAGAUCUGAAGAAGUCCAAGAAUCUUGAAUACAGGAAGGCACGGAGUAGAGAAGACUUGUGUGAAUGCAUCAGCAGUAACUUGGCACGUUUUGUAAUGACUUAUAUUGAGCAUUCGUAAUAUAUGUCAACAAGAACUAACUUAAUACCCUUUCAGGCUGCCAUGAGAAUGUCACAAUAUGUGGAAAUGGAAAUCCCGAAAGACAAGGCAGCUAGCCACAAAGCAGGGGAAACUGCCUUCUUGGGCCGCGUUGUCAAAGAUCAGGUAUGUAAAGUUACCAUGGCUAACAUAACAUGGUUUAGCUGAUCCCACGAAUCGCUGCCACGUCGAAGCCGGCUCCAAUGAUUGCCGAGUUCGAAGAACGCUUCAAACGGAUUCUGAAGAGGAUCUACAGAAGUCUACAACAACAUGAAAUCCGAGAAGAGGUAAACUUUAACUGUAGUUAAUACUUGCGUACUUCCUAUAUAUUACGCAAAAGUAAUCCCAAUAUAUCGAUAUUACAGUAUAUAAACAAGACAAGCGGUGUAAAUUAUAAAAUACGAAAGUAAAUCUUCACUUUCAGAUACUGGACGACAGAAAACGGAUCAUGUGGCAAUGGCAAGCCUUGGCCAGCGUUAUGGACCGCCUAUUACUGGUACUGUUUCUGUGUGCCACUUUGUUAACCAUCUUCACUUUCAUGUUUAUGCCUUUAGAGUCACGAUUUCUGAGCUUGUAG